GCAGUGCUCAGGUAAAAGUGCCCUUCUUCUAAACUCUGAACAGCAUGGAGAUGUGAUCUACAGCAAGUUGUAGCAAUGAACAUGGAGUUGGAACUUGAACUGGAAAAUGAAUCCAAGUCAACUGAGAUUCAAUCUGAUUUUUCAUUUGCUCACCUGAACCAGCCUACAUCUAAGAAAGGACCUUUCAGCUUUAUUCUCAUUGCUGCAUCUAUAAUUGCAUCUACAAGUGGACUUAUAUUUGGUUAUGAGCUUGCAAACAUUUCAGGAGCUAUUCUGCAGUUGAACAUCGACUUCCAGCUUACCUGUGUGAAACAAGAAAUACUUGUUAGUGCAAUCUUAAUUGGGGGCAUAGUUGGCUCCCUUGCUGGUGGUUACAUCAUCGAUCGAUGGGAAAGGAGGAUCGGAAUCAUUGUAAUGUCUUCAUGUUUUACAGUGGGCAGUAUCAUUAUGUCUGCCUCUACUUCCUACACAAUGCUUGUUGUGGGCCGCAUCAUUGUAGGAAUCGCUACAACUUCAGGUGUAUUUUCAGCAUGUAUUUAUCUAUCGGAGAUUGCACCAUCUGAAAAAAGAGGCAUGCUGGUAGCUCUGAUUGAAUUCAUGAUUGUUAUUGGAGUUUUGUUAGCAUAUGUUAUUAAUUAUGGUUUCUCCAAGAUUUCGAAAGGUUGGCGAUGGAUGUUUGCUAUUAAUCUCAUUCCAGCUGUGCUGCAGAUCAUCGGUGUGUUCUUUCUUCCACCAAGUCCUCGGUUUAUGAUUAGAAAAGGAUACGAUGAAAAGGCAAGUCUCAUCCUGCAGAAAAUUAGAUCGUAUUCUAAUGUUGAUGAUGAACUGACAACCAUCAAAUCUUCAUUGAGCAAUGAAAGCAAUUAUACAUUUUUUGAUAUAUUUCGGACAAAGGACAACAUCAGACUACGAGUGGGGAUAGGAUUUGGUCUGAUUUUUUUCUUGCAAGCUUCAGGCCAACCAAAUAUUUUAUAUUAUGCAUCAACUGUCUUAAGAUCAGUCGGCUUUGCAAGUGAUACAUCGGCGACAUUAGCUUCAGUUAGUUUGGGACUGGUGAAAGUAUUCGGCACAGCUUUAGCAAUGUUACUCAUGGACCGAAUAGGACGCAAAACAUUUCUUUACAUUGGAAGUACUGCUAUGAUUAUAAUGUUGAUCAUUCUGGCGAUGGUGGUCCAUAAAAUUCCAGUGCAAGUCACGGAUAUCUGCAAGGACCCCAAUCGCACUAAUCAUUGGCAAGAUAAUGUCACAUCUAUAAUACCUGAAUAUAAUUCAACAAAGCCCAGAGUCUUUGCAUCAAAGGCACACGUUAGUUCGUUAGAAACUAGAAUCUAUUCAAUCACAACUCAAAGCAAUGUGGGAAAUACAGCGGUGGCAAAUCAAUCCUCCUCUCCAUUCACAGGAAGCCCUGACAAGAAUGGAGAUGGGAAGGAACAAGUAUCUCCUUUGUUGAAAUGGCUGUCCCUUGCUUGCCUGCUCUUAUAUACUGCUGCCUAUUCAAUAAGUUUUGGACCAGUGGCAUGGGUGCUGCUGAGUGAAUUAUUUCCAAUAGGGAUAAAAGGCAGAGCUGUGACUUUCAUAGGAUUCUUGAAUUGGCUGUUGAAUCUGCUCAUUGCUUUAACCUUUUUGUCUGUGACAGAAUCUAUUGGCCUGAUGUGGAUGCUUCUGAUGUAUGCAAUACUGAGUUCUAUUGGGCUGAUUUUUAUUAUAUUCUUUAUACCUGAGACUAAAAGUCAGACACUAGAGGACAUAUCUGAACAACUAAGCCAAGGGUACAAUAUAAUUGGAGCUUGCUGUACAAUGGAAGGUGUCAAGAAACUGAUCCCAGAACGACUUUGGAAACGCAAAGGUGGUGAGCACUCCAUCUGGGCUACUGAUAUCCGAUACAACACAGAUGGCUUGGAAAACUAUUUUGAUGAUAGUACUUUGUAACACACAAUUCAAAAAUAGUUUUUUUUUGGAAGUUAUAGUGCAUUCAUCUUCUAUCUGUUCUGUUUUCAUUCAUAACUGUAACUGGAUUCUCAUUUCUUCAGAAACAAUGGUCUGCAAAUAUUAGUAGAUGAUAUUUGUUGAUCUUAAUUUGUUUUUAAUAUGUUGCUAUAAACAAAUGAGCAAUAGCAUGCUUAAGAUCUCCAAACCAAACUACCUGUUUGGCCAGAAUUCCUGGCCAUCUGUCUAGUACACAUGGUCUCUGGUAGGAUCACACUAUCUCAGUCCAGGUGCAUUUUGGCAAGGGCCAAGGAGUUUGAUACCUAUGGUUGUGUAUGUCACUGAUGGAGUUUAACCUGCUUAAUCCAUGAUGUGCUCCACUGUAGUGCACCUAUGCCAGCUUGUCCAGCCACAGCUAGCCUUUAAUUUGGACAUUGCUCUGAUAACUUACCAGAACCAUGCCCUGAAGAUUUUCAGUAUUGUUAAUGGGAAUACUCUUUCAGGUCAUAUGUCAUGUUCUCUGAAUACCACCUGCAUUAUUGCAAGCUCGACUAGCUCAGAUACGUGAUGGUUUUUAAAUGUGUCGGAAAGCGUUGACUUCUUUGUAAUCUUUCAUCACUGGCACUUCAACAAUAAAGAGCUUGGUUAAAUUUAAA